AUGCAGUUCUCCACCGUCAUCGCUCUCCUGGCCUCUGUCGCCGCCGUUCACAGUGCUGCCGUCGCUGAGCCCGGGUGCGCCUCUAGCAACCUUAAGCACUGCAAGAACGGUGUCACUGCUUGCCCUAUUGGCUGCUUCUGCCCUGGCGGCAACUUGCCUGACGGUGGCUGCUAUGCUAGAAGCUGCUAA